GAAUUGGCCCAUCUGAACACUCUACUCUCCCCACUCUCAGCAUUGACCUGUCACUCCCUUAGAUUGGAAUCGCAGGUUGCGGCGAUUGGUUUCCUCUGCUUCAGCACACUCGACGAAUCCGUCUGCCUGUGACUGGGCUUUAUUUGAGGCGUCUAUUUCUCCUGUUCUCUUUGUUUCUAUUUAGGCUUGGAGAUGGAUUCUUCUACGAUGCUAUAUAACCAGCUCAAGGCAGCGGAGCCAUUUUUCUUAAUGGCAGGGCCCAAUGUGAUUGAAUCUGAGGAACACAUUCUCAAAAUGGCCAAGCACCUCAAGACCAUUACAACAAAACUUGGUUUGCCAUUGGUUUUUAAGUCAAGCUUUGACAAAGCAAAUAGAACAUCCUCGGAGUCAUUUCGAGGUCCAGGCAUGAGUGAAGGCUUGAAGAUUCUUGAGAAGGUUAAAAUAGCAUAUGACAUCCCUAUUAUUACUGAUGUGCAUGAAACUAUCCAGUGUGAAGCAGUUGGUAGAGUUGCAGAUAUCAUACAAAUUCCUGCGUUUUUAUGCCGUCAGACAGAUCUUCUAGUUGCAGCUGCAAAAACUGGGAAAAUUAUCAAUAUUAAGAAAGGCCAGUUCUGUGCUUCUUCUGUCAUGAUAAAUUCUGCUGAGAAGGUUAGGUUGGCUGGAAAUUCAAAUGUGAUGGUUUGUGAGCGUGGAACCAUGUUUGGCUAUAAUGAUUUGAUUGUUGAUCCGCGUAAUUUGGAGUGGAUGAGGGAGGCUGAUUGUCCUGUUGUAGCUGAUGUGACACAUUCACUACAACAGCCUGCCGGGAGAAAGUUGGAUGGUGGUGGUGUUGCCAGUGGAGGUCUUCGUGAAUUGAUACCAUGUAUUGCAAGGACAGCAGUUGCUGUUGGGGUAGAUGGAAUUUUUAUGGAGGUGCAUGAUGAUCCUUUGACUGCUCCUGUGGAUGGUCCAACACAAUGGCCUCUACGCCAUUUGGAAGGGUUACUUGAAGAGCUCAUGGCAAUAGCUAGAGCAAGUAAGGGGAAGAGACGUAUGGACAUUGAUCUCACACCAUUUCGAGAUUAGAAAAGCUUUGUGAGCCUCCUUUGUUGAGCAAGCAAGAAAUUAUUGUUUAUUUGUAAGCAUUUCUUUCACUUCAUUUAAUUAGUGCAUCAUGCAUGUCUUUUGUCCUCUAUUUUAUAUUAGUAUCCGAGAAUCAACAAACUCAGACUCCGCAUUGUGUCAUCUAAUUUUUCUGAAAUUUCAGGUUAUUGUCUGGAUUCAGCCUUACUUGGCAAGUAUUUUUUCACUUCCACUAUCGAAUAUGUUGUGUGUGACUAGCAUCAUGAUUUAUAAUUUCUUUGCCCCUACCAUAUUUCAAACUUGAAUUAGAUGUCAAUUCAAUUAUUGUUUUCAACCAGUUGUUUAUUACUUUGGUUUUAAUAUUUGUAUUGGGUUAGUCCAUAUAAAUCUACAUGGUAAAUGACUUGACUUACAA